CCUCGCUUCUCUCUUCUAGCUGUUGUCAGUGCCAUCCCAGUGCCAAUUCUGGAGAGCAGUCAGUACCCUGGCAUCCUGCCCUCGCCUACCUGCGGGUACAACCAUGGUACUCUGACAACCCACCCCAAGUUCACCCUGAGACCCAUGCCCUUCCCCAGCCUCACCGUGGACCGAUGCUAUGCAGCAGCGAUGUCGACAGAGGGUCCCGCUCCGCUGGGGGUGCAGCAGCAGACUCUGGUUACCAGCAGCAGUAGCAGUCAGCCAGGUGGAGGUGAGCUCUCUCUCCCUGGCACAGAAGAGGUAGGGGCCACGUCCACCCGUACCAUCCCCACCGCCUGCGUCAGGCCAACACACCCCUUACGAAGCUUCGCCAACCCCCUCCUGCCACCACCCAUGGGCACCAUCGACCCCAAAGUCUACACACCCAUGAUGCCACAUUCAA